GUCUAUUGAUAAAGCUAAGGCACAGUUCGGCCUCAAACUCAGAAGCAGCCAUGGCGAUCCUCGCGCUCCCGCUAGUCAUAUCUGUCCUCAAACCUCACACACACCGCCUCUCUCUCCUCCGCUCCGGCAAAUCCAGCCCUAUCCUACUAUACAAGCUUCCCCGGAGCCGUCGCUACUUCAGCGGAGCAGCUGCUUCUGCAAGUAGCACCUCUUCGAUUCAACAACAGCAUUCCUCAACCGACGCUCAGAAAAUUUCCAUUCCGACUUUUCAACAGGCAAUUCAGCGGCUCCAGGAAUAUUGGGCGUCGGUUGGAUGUGCGGUGAUGCAGUGCAGCAAUACGGAGGUUGGAGCGGGGACUAUGAAUCCUCUGACGUUUUUGAGAGUUCUUGGUCCAGAGCCAUGGAAUGUUGCGUAUGUGGAACCCAGCAUUCGGCCAGAUGAUAGUCGUUAUGGGGAAAACCCAAACAGGCUCCAACGCCACACUCAAUUUCAGGUUAUAUUAAAGCCUGAUCCGGGAAAUUCACAAGACCUCUUUCUCCGUAGCCUUUCUGCUUUAGGUAUUGAUGUUAGUGAACAUGACAUAAGGUUUGUGGAGGACAACUGGGAGAGCCCGGUACUGGGUGCUUGGGGAUUAGGUUGGGAAAUCUGGAUGGAUGGCAUGGAGAUCACACAAUUCACCUAUUUUCAGCAGGCUGGAAGUCUUCAAUUGUCACCAAUAUCUGUUGAAAUCACUUAUGGUCUUGAGCGUAUACUUAUGUUGCUUCAGGGUGUUGAUCAUUUUAAGAAGAUUCAGUAUGCUGAUGGGAUCACAUAUGGGGAGCUUUUCUUGGAAAAUGAGAAGGAAAUGAGUGCAUAUUAUUUAGAACAUGCCAGUGUUCACCACAUUAAAAAGCAUUUUGAUUAUUUUGAGGAAGAAGCUCGUUCCUUGCUUGCUUCAGGCCUUGCAAUCCCUGCGUAUGACCAGCUUCUGAAGACAUCUCAUGCUUUUAAUAUCUUAGACUCUAGAGGCUUUGUAGGUGUAACAGAACGUGCCCGUUAUUUUGGUCGGAUGCGUAGUUUAGCUCGUCAAUGUGCACAACUUUGGUUGAAAACUAGAGAAUCCCUAGGACAUCCUCUUGGUAUUGUUUCUGAAUCUGUUGAACUCACAUGUUCUAAAGAGGCUCUGGAGGCAGCAGUGGGAAAGGUGGAUGAUGCUACUAGGUCAUUUGUUCUUGAAAUUGGGACUGAAGAGAUGCCACCUCAGGAUGUAGUUAGUGCGAGCCAGGAACUCAAAGAUUUAAUGUUGCAGUUACUAGAAAAACAAAGACUGAACCACGGUGAAGUUCAAGCUUUUGGAACUCCUCGCAGAAUAGUGGUUUCCAUUGAGAGUCUUUGCUCUAAGCAAUCUGAUAAUGAGGUUGAGGUUCGAGGACCUCCUAUUUCAAAAGCCUUUGAUCAAGAGGGAAGACCAACAAAGGCUGCUGAAGGUUUUUGCCGCAGAUAUGACAUUUCACUUGACUCAUUGUUUCGAAAGGUUGAUGGAAAAACAGAGUAUGUUUAUGCUUUCAUAAAAGAGUCUGCCCGUCAUGCCUUAGAGGUUCUAUCUGAAGAGUUACCAGCUACUCUAGCUAAGAUAUCAUUUCCAAAGUCCAUGCGCUGGAACUCUCAGGUUAUGUUCAGCAGACCUGUACGUUGGAUUCUGGCAAUCCAUGGAGAUGCAGUUAUUCCAUUUGUGUUUGCUGGAAUUUUGAGUGGAAACCUAUCUUAUGGUCUGCGAAAUACACCCUCAGCUACAAUCAUGAUUAAAAGUGCAGAAUCUUAUGCUUCUGUAGUGAGGAAUGCUGGAAUUAGUAUUGAAAUUGAGAAAAGGAAGAAAAAGAUAUUGGAGUGCUUAAAUGCAUUAGCAAAAAGUGUCAAUGGAAAUGCUGUUAUUCAGGAAAACUUACUAAAUGAGGUUGUGAAUCUUGUUGAGGCACCUGUUCCAGUGCUUGGAAAGUUCAAAGAAUCCUUCUUAGACCUUCCAGAAGAUCUUUUAACUAUGGUUAUGCAGAAGCACCAGAAAUACUUUGCUGUUAUUGAUGAUAAUGGAAGGCUGUUACCAUACUUCAUUGCUGUGGCAAAUGGAGCAAUCAAUGAGAUGGUGGUAAGGAAAGGAAAUGAAGCUGUUCUCAGAGCUCGCUAUGAAGAUGCAAAGUUCUUCUAUGAGAUGGAUACACGUAAAAAAUUCAUGGAUUUCCGUAGUCAACUUAAAGGAAUUCUUUUUCACGAGAAGUUAGGAACAAUGCUGGACAAGAUGAUGCGAGUGGAAAGUAUAGUUCCCAAACUAAGUAUUGACUUGGGAAUUAAUGAGGAAAUGGGUCAAACUGUUCAGGAAGCAGCAUCACUUGCUAUGUCAGAUCUUGCUACUGCUGUUGUCACUGAAUUCACUUCUCUCUCUGGAAUAAUGGCCCGCCAUUACGCCCUUAGAGAUGGCUAUUCAGAGCAGAUUGCAGAGGCCUUGUUAGAGAUCACACUUCCUAGAUUUUCUGGAGAUCAGCUUCCAAAAAGUGAUGUGGGGACAAUUCUGGCUAUAGCUGACAGAUUAGAUAGCCUUGUUGGCUUAUUUGCUGCUGGCUGCCAGCCUAGCUCUACCAAUGAUCCAUUUGGCCUGCGAAGAAUUGCCUAUGGUUUAGUUCAAAUACUGGUAGAUAAGGAUAAAAAUAUGGACUUGAAACAUGCUUUGGGACUGGCUGCUGAUGUUCAACCCAUUAAAGUAGAUACCAGUGUAAUAGAGGAUGUACAACAAUUUGUCACUAGGAGAUUGGAGCAAUUCCUGGUUGACAAGGGGAUUAGUCCAGAAGUGGUUCGUUCUGUACUUGCAGAGCGUGCAAACUUGCCUUCUCUGGCUACAAAAACAGCAUGGAAAAUGGAAGCUUUGUUGAAGGGUGAACUUUUCCCUAAAGUUGUAGAAGCGUAUUCUCGGCCAACAAGAAUUGUUCGUGGAAAGGAUGUGGAUUCUGAUAGUGAGGUGGAUGAUGCUGCAUUUGAAACAAAUGAAGAGAGAGCCUUGUGGAGUGCUUUCUUGUCCAUCAAAAACAAAAUUCACCCGGGUAUUGAGGUUGAUGAUUUUGUCGAAAUGUCAUCAGGACUAGUACAACCACUGGAGGACUUUUUCGAUAAUGUGUUUGUAAUGGUGGAGGAAGAAAGAAUAAGGAAGAACAGGCUCUCCUUGCUUAAGAAAAUUGCAGAUCUUCCAAAAGGAAUAGCAGACCUCUCAGUUUUGCCAGGAUUUUAAGUUAAGCAGCCCCUCAUCGAUUUUUACCCUUCAGAAGAGGAGAAUCCAUGGUCUAUGUUUUUGGCAUCGACUAGUAGAGAACAUAUCAACUAUAUGCUGAAAUUCAAUCAGGGCAUGGCUAAUUUAACAGGUUUUGGAUAGGCCAGUGAAAUAUAUGCAAUGCAUCCCCUGUAUCAUCCAUCAUGAUUUUUUUACAAAAAUAAAAAUAAAGAAAGAGAGAGGAUGAAGAGAGAAGGAAAGAAAGAAAGAAAGAAACAACUACAAAUUUUCGAAACUGAUUAAAGUAAAAUUUUUUUUUUUAUGUUUUCUUCUGAACUCUUAACAAACCCUGGAAUGCAUU